GCCAGCCUUGGUAAUCCCGUUGGGAUUGGUUGUGAUCUUGACUCAUGCAGUAUUAAUCUAAGUCUUUUAGAAAAAGGAUAUACUUUCAGGAGUGAGAAUAUGGGGUCUGAUGAGGCCUACAACUUUGUUUUCAAAGUGGUUUUGAUUGGUGAAUCUGGCGUAGGCAAGAGCAACUUGCUAUCCCGUUUCACUAAGAAUGACUUUAGCCAUGACAGCCGCACAACCAUCGGAGUGGAGUUCAGUACAAGGACUGUGCAGCUGAAUGGUCUCACCAUCAAAGCUCAGAUCUGGGACACUGCUGGACUGGAGCGGUAUAGGGCCAUCACCUCAGCAUAUUAUCGAGGAGCAGUUGGAGCUCUACUAGUCUAUGACAUUUCAAAGCAUUUGACCUAUGAAAGUGCUGAGCGUUGGCUGAAGGAACUCUAUGAUCAUGCAGAUCCUCAUAUUGUAGUGAUGAUCGUGGGCAACAAAACAGACUUGGCAGCAGUACGAUCCGUUCCAACAGAGGAUGCAAAAGACUUUGCAGAAAAGAAUGGUCUUCUGUUCAUGGAAACUUCAGCUUUGGAGUCAACAAAUGUUGAGGCAGCAUUCAACACUGUCCUUACAGAAAUCCAUAAAAAAGUGAGCAGCAAAGAGGUGACUCGAGGGUCCAUCAAUGCUGUGACGUUGUCCCAACCCAAAGCGCCAACAGCUGAUGCACAAGAGGAAAAGAAGCCCUGUUGUAAGAAUAUGUGAUGGAACAUUCCAGAUGGUGGGACAUUCCAGUGUCUUGAUGAAGUUGCAAAAUUCAGUGUGUAGACUGAGAACCACCAGUUCUUGAUUAGAAAGAACCAGCGUGAUAAAAAGUGAAAGAAACUAAAUCUGACUGACAUAGCCAUAUUUGUAUUUUUAAAUAUUAUUUUAUAAUUAAAAGGCAUUUUUAAAAGCUUGUCAGGUGUGACAAGAAAAAAAUACAUUUUGUUUCAUUUAAAAGUAUUUUCCCCAUGUUCCUUCUCAUUUCUUUGCAUAGCAAAGACAUUUGCUUCUGUUGAUAUUAUUUAUGAGAUUUCAUGCCAAAAGUUCCACAUCAUACUUUGUUAUUAUUGUAAGUGCAUCAAUGGAUGCAGGAAAAAUAAAGAAUUUUAUUAGUAAGAUAAAGGGACAUUUUUUGUUUGUUUGUUUUCAUUUACAUGCUCAUUAACACAUUUUGUGUUAAAUUGUAUUCAUUGAACACACCUAUGCAGAUUUGAGCAUAAAGGAUACACCACAUUCUGUGAAAAUAAUAAUUUGUGUUAAUUUUUAAACUAAUCAGCACUAAAUCAACAUUGUGCUAUUACAAUAUCUCUCUUUCUUUCUCUCUCAUAUAUAUAUAUAUAUAUAUAUAUAUAUAUAUAUAUAUAUACACACACACACACACAAUUUUCUUUGCAAUUCUUCCCAUAAGUCCUGCACCCCUGAGUCUUCUCUUUACUGUUGUACAUGAAACUGGUGUUGAGCGGGUAGAAUUCAAUGAAGCUGUCAGCGGAGGACAUGUGAGGCGUCUAUUUCUCAAACUAGAGACUCUGAUGUACUUAUCCUCUUGUUCAGUUGUACAUCUGACCUUCCACAUCUCUUUCUGUCCUUGUUAGAGACAGUUGUCCUUUGUCUUUGAAGACUGUAGUGUACACCUUUGUGUGAAAUCUUUCAAGCAAUUUCAAGCAUUGUAUAACCUUCAUUCCUCAAAACAAUGAUUGACUGACGAGUUUCUAGAGAUGCCAUGUUUGGCCUAAUAUUGACAUUAAGACAUGCCAGUCUAUUGCAUACUGUGGCAACUCAAAAACAAACACAAAGACAAUGAUAAGCUUCAUUUAACAAAUCACAUAUCUUUCAACUGUGCUUGAUAUAAUGGCAAGUGAUUUUCUAGUAACAAAUUUGCUAUUUAGCAUGAUUAAUCAAGGAUAAGGUGUUGGAGUGAUGGCUGCAGGAAAUGGGGCCUGUCUAGAUUUGAUAAAAAAAUUACCUUUUGUUUUGUUUUUUUCAAAUAGUGAUGGUGCUGUUUUUCACAUCAGUAAUGUCUUGACUAUACUUUGUGAUCAGUUGAAUGCCACUUUGGUGAAUUAAAGUACCAAUUUCCCUCCAA